UAAUGAAUUAAGCAUAAAUAGCCUUUGAAAAAAAAGAUGCUGAUUUGUCUAAGAAAGCACAUUCAAUAGAAGAAUAAUAAUAAUUGAAUGAAGGUCAUGAAGAAAAACAUUAGAGUGGUGGAGAGCAUAUUAAAAGUGCGGUUUAUGGAGGUUUAGAUGGAAUGGUUACUACAUUUUCAGUUGUGGCUGGAGUGGCAGGAGUAAAUAUUGUAAUUAAAUAUAGGCUGGAUUAUCUACAGGAGUUAUAUUGGGAAUGGGAAUUGCUAAUUUGAUUGGUGACGGAAUAUCAAUGGCCUUAGGAGAUUACAUAUCAACAAGGAGUGAAGCAGAAUUUACAAUAAAUGAAAGAAAUAGAGAAUAAUGGGAAGUUGAAACUAAUCCUGAGGCUGAGAAAAAAGAAAUGGUUGACAUUUAUAAAGUAAAUUCUUAGAAAUAUUCUUAAGUCCAAAGGUAUAGAUCAUGAUGAAGCAGUAAUUAUUGCAGAUACUUUAGCAAAAAAUAAAAAGGUUUGGGUUGAUGUUAUGAUGGUUGAAGAACUUGGAUUAAUGAGUGUAGAUGAGCAUCCUAUUAAAGAUGCUAUUGUAACUUUCUUUUCGUUCGGAUUAUUCGGAUUAAUGCCAUGUAAAUUAUUUUUAUAUAUUAAAUAAUAGUAUUGCCAUUUAUUGUUGGAAGUAUUGCUGGAUUAUCAGAAAAUUUAUUUGAAACUUCAAUUGCAUUAACAGGCUUUUUCUUAUUUAUUCUUGGUGUUUCUAAAUCAAUGUUUUCUUAUCAAAAAUGGUAUUGGGCUGGAUUAGAAACAUUAAUUAUUGGAAGUGCAGCAGCAAGUGCAAGUUUUAUAAUUGGUUUAGCAUUUGAAGAUGUUUAAGUUUGAC